CACGGGCGCCGCUCCGGCCGACGUGCCUCCCCACCGCCACCUGGGCCGUCCGGCAGGCAGGCGGCUCAGCAGCCUCACCUUGAUCCAGAUCUCCUUCGGCUGUGGUCAUCCUGGGACUGCAGCUGGGAACAAGAGGGACACAGAUGUGACUAGACAGGGACCCUAGCUGUACCCUUGCCAGAGCUUAGCAGCAUCACCCAAAGAUCUGUUUUUAGUCCUGCUGGGUGUGAGCCCCCAGGCCAGGCCCUUCCCCUCCUGGAGCUCCGUCUCCCAGUAGGUAAAAUGGGUGUGGCCAACCUCCCUGCAGGCUUGUUGCUGGGACAGCUGAGAAGGAUGUUGACAGUGUCCUCUGUCUCCCUGCAGACAGAGGCCCCGUAGCCAUGGGCGACUGGGGCUUCCUUGAAAAGCUGCUAGACCAGGUCCAGGAGCACUCGACCGUGGUGGGCAAGAUCUGGCUGACGGUCCUUUUCAUCUUCCGCAUCCUCAUCCUGGGCCUGGCCGGCGAGUCGGUGUGGGGCGACGAGCAGUCAGAUUUUGAGUGUAACACGGCCCAGCCAGGCUGCAGCAACGUCUGCUAUGACCAGGCCUUCCCCAUCUCCCACAUCCGCUACUGGGUGCUGCAGUUCCUCUUCGUCAGCACGCCCACCCUGGUCUACCUGGGCCAUGUCAUUUACCUGUCUCGGCGCGAGGAGAGGCUGCGGCAGAAAGAGGGGGAGCUGCGGGCACUGCCGACCAAGGACCCACACGUGGAGCGGGCACUGGCAGCCAUAGAGCGACAGAUGGCCAAGAUCUCAGUGGCAGAGGAUGGGCACCUGCGGAUCCGCGGGGCGCUGAUGGGCACCUAUGUGGCCAGCGUGCUCUGCAAGACCGUGCUGGAGGCCGGCUUCCUGUACGGCCAGUGGCGCCUCUACGGCUGGACCAUGGAGCCCGUGUAUGUGUGCCAGCGCUCCCCCUGCCCCCACCUCGUAGACUGCUUUGUCUCACGCCCCACGGAGAAGACUAUCUUCAUCAUCUUCAUGCUGGUGGUCGGAGUCAUCUCCCUGGUGCUCAACCUGCUGGAGCUGGUGUACCUGCUGUGCCGCUGCCUCAGCCGGGGGAUGAGGGCACGGCAGAGCCAGGACAUGCCCCCAGCCCAGGGCACCUCCUCAGAGCCUUACACUGACCAGGUCUUCUUCUACCUCCCCAUGGGCGAGGGGCCCUCGUCCCCGCCAUGCCCCACCUACAACGGGCUCUCGUCCAGUGAGCAGAACUGGGCCAACCUGACUACGGAGGAGAGGUUGGCUUCUUCCAGACCCCCCCUCUUCCUGGACCCACCCCCCCAGAGUGGCCGGAAAUCCCCCAGUCGCCCCAGCAGCUCUGCUUCCAAGAAACAGUAUGUGUAAGGACUCAGCAAGUCUUGCUGCCUUUAAUGCAAGGCUCUGCAGAGAUGGCUGGGGCUGGGGAAGCAGGUGCUUGCUGGCCAGAAGGCCUCAUGGCAUGUUGUUCUUGAACACCUGGGGCCUUCCUGGCAGCCAGAGGGCACCAUAGUUUCCCCUCCAGAACGUGGCUUUGUCCCAGGUAUAGACAGAGCCAGCUUGGGGCGCUCUUGGCUAAGGGUGUUUGGGGCCUUUCUCAUCUUGUUCAGAGGGACUCGGAGACAACUUACCCCACCCCCCAGCCCCGUGGAAGAUUCCCCUCUGCCCAGGUUGUCCGCACAUCCUGUCCUCACAGGAAAAGGCUGGUCGAGGCUGCUGGGUCAGCCUUGAUCACAUACACAGACAGAGCCUGUGCUGGAUCUGGCCUUGUCAAGGGGACUGGGGUCUUGUUCUCAUCACUCCUCUCUAGUUCUGCUGUUUAUCCUUCUAAAAUAAACAGGACUUGAU